CCAAUCAGGACGAGCUGAAACGGGUCAGGUAGCUGGAGAGGAGCUCAGAGAGAGCGCGAGGCCGGCCAGAGCAGCUACGCACAACAGCAGAGAGAACAAAUCCUAGAUAUGAGAGGAAUCCUUCAGCCACAAACGAGGCAGCGGCAGAGAGGAGAGGCUGAAGAGAAACACGUAGAGAGGUUCAAGUCAAAGGAGCCACAUUUAGGACUCGGUUCUAGUCGUAGACGGCGCUGUUCCUUCAUCAGGCGGUCAGCGGACUCACCGAGGAUCAUGUCCAAACCCGUGACCAACGUGAAGGCCUUGCAGGCUAAUCUGAACAUCCCGAUGGGAGCGCUGCGUCCGGGGGCGGGACUUCCUGUCAGGAGGAGAGAGGAGACAGCGGACACAGAGGAGGCUCAACCACCAGAGCUACCGAUGCGUCCCCCGUCACUAGAAGACAAGAAGUCUCUGCAGAAGCUACCGGGCCCGGCCGUCAACCUAUCAGAGCUACAAAACAAAAAGAGCGAACUGCGAUGGGUCACCAAGGAGUAACAUGAAACUGAGCUGAGGAAGACGGACGAUAAUCUCCACAAACGGACUUUCCCUCUGCUGUGAACGAGUAGAAACACUGCAGCUGCAAGAUAUCAGAGGAACCACAACAAUCUGUCUAAACUCACCUCUAAAAACGUUCACUAAUUUGAUAUUUCAGAUUAAAAUACACAUUUAAGCCAAUUCA